GCUAUCAGCAACAAGGAGCAGCACAGUAUCUCCUACACGCUGUCCCGGGCUCAGACCGUGGUGGUGGAGUACACGCACGACCUCAACACCGACAUGUUCCAGGUCGGUCGAUCCACUGAGACUCCCAUUGACUUUGUGGUGACGGACACGGCGCCCGGGGGUCAGAACCAGGCAGACGCUCAGGUGCUUCAGAGCACCAUCUCGCGCUUCGCCUGCCGCAUCAUCUGUCAAAGAAACCCGCCGCACUUCGCACGCAUCUACGCCGCUGGCUUCGACUCCUCCAGCAACAUCUUCCUCGGGGAGAAGGCCGCUAAGUGGAGGAUGAAAGACGGUCAGAUGGAUGGACUGACCACGAAUGGCGUCCUGGUGAUGCACCCACGCCACGGCUUCAACCAGGACUCCAAACCCGGUCUGUGGAGGGAAAUCUCCGUCUGCGGGAACGUCUUCACGCUGAGGGAAACCAGAUCAUCUCAGCAGAGGGGGAAGAUGGUGGACUGUGAGUCGAACGAGCUGGUGGACGGCUCGCUCAUCGACCUCUGCGGCGCCACGCUGCUGUGGAGGACGGCUGAAGGCCUCUCGCACACUCCCACCGUCCAACACCUGGAGGCGCUGCGGCGGGAGCUUAACGCCGGGCGGCCGCAGUGUCCCGUGGGCUUCAACACGCUCGCCUUCCCCAGCCUCAGCCGCAGAGACGUGCUGGACGAGAAGCGGCCGUGGGCUUACCUCCGCUGCGGGCACGUGCACGGAUACCAUGGCUGGGGGGGCCGCCGCAACCCAGAGGUGGAGGCGGAGUGUAGGGAGAGAGAGUGCCCCAUGUGCAGAGCGAGGGGCCCGUACGUGCCGCUGUGGCUGGGCUGUGAGGCGGGCGUCUACGUGGACGCAGAGCCACCCACGCACGCCUUCGUCCCCUGCGGGCACGUCUGCUCGGAGAAGACGGUGGCGUUCUGGAGUCAGAUCCCGUUCCCGCACGGCACGCACACGUUCCACGCCGCCUGCCCGUUCUGCGUCCAGCUGCUGAGCGAGGAGGCGGGCUGCGUCAGACUCAUCUUCCAAAGCCCGCUGGACUAGAACCGCCAUGACCUUUUUAUCUCAGGCCGCCAUCUGAAGCAUGGACACGACUGGAGGCUUUUAAAAAACAUUUCACUUCAUUUAUAAUGAAUUUAAUCUUGAUCUGAAGAAACUGGUCACACCUGUCCUCCUCUCAGGUGGUGGACCGUCUUUCUACUGAAUGUCUUGUUUAUUCUCUUCACUGAUGUUUCAGUCUCUCUGUGCCUUAAAGACCCGUUAGAGGUCGAGACCUGGACCUGACCUUCACUCGUAUAGACGAGGGCUGUCAGCGUCGUGAUUCAUUAAGGUCUGAAAUGAAUGAAGCUGCAACCUUAGGUAUUGAAAAGAUGAGUUUUAAAACUACAGAGGAAGAAAAGACCAGAAACAGGACCACCGAUGUCUCAAAGGGAAGAAGAACGCCCAGAAAUCUGAAAAUUCAGGAGACAACAGAAACAAAAUCUCCUCACCACAAACUCUCUGUCUCUCUUUCUGUCUCUCUUUCUCUCUCUCUUUCUGUC